GCAAAAACAACCCUUUAAAAAAGAAUUGCAAAAAAUCCAGCAAUGGGGUCCAAAAUCCACCUGUGUGUCAGAGAUCCAAUGAUGGAAGAUGAUGAAUUCUUGAGAUCCGGGACCUCCCAAGAAUCACUCUCCUUUUACCUAUCGAAAGAGACAACAAGUAGAUGAGGAGCAGUACUGACGACCAUACAUUCGAUCUACAAUCAUAUCCUUACUUAUAUCAGAUAUAUGGAUUUCUAAUAACACUUUGAACCCAUCUCUCGUAGAAAUUGAUUCUUGCAAAAUUAGGGUUUCUGUCCACUUUAGUUUCCUUCCCUUCUAAGCUCAGAUUUCAUAUUUCAAUUCAAUUCCCAACAAAUGAAUGCCGACAAUACACUCUCUCCUCUUUUAUUGCAGAUCUGACCGUCGAUCGGACAUCGAUCAUAUCCGCCAUUGAUGGGCUCUGUCGGGAACCAGAACCCCUUCUCCUCGUACGACAACUACCGGGAUUGCUCCCAGGGGAUUUGCAGCAUAUACUGCCCCCAAUACUGCUACCUAAUCUUCCCCCCGCCGCCGCCCUCCGACGACGGCGACGGACCCCCUUUCUCGCCGCUCAUCAUCGCCGUCAUCGUCGUGCUAAUCUGCGCCUUCGUCCUCGCGAGCUACUACACCUUCGCCACGAGGUACGCCACCGAUAGGGCGGCGGCUGCCGGUACUGACCUUCCCGGCGGAGGCGCGGAGGCCGCCGGCCUCAGCCACGACGAGGCCGGCCUGGAUCAGUGGGGCAAUCCGGCGGCGGCGCCACCCGGAUUGGAUGAGGCGUUGAUUAAGAAAAUAACGGUCUGCAAAUACCAAAAGGGCGACGGCCUAAUUGAAGGAACAGAGUGUGCUGUGUGUCUCUGUGAAUUUCAAGAAGACGAAUCCCUCAGGCUUAUGCCUAAAUGCAGCCACGCCUUCCACCUCCCUUGCAUCGACACGUGGCUCAAAUCGCAGUCCAAUUGCCCCAUGUGCCGCGCGGCCGUCGCAGCUUUCAGUUCGCCGCCGCCUGCGGCGGCGCCGGUCGUCAGCAUGAGCGCCUACGAGAGGCCGGAUGACCUGACAGUGGUGGUCGAUGAUGAUCAAGAAAGAACCUCCGACGAGCACGCAGUUGUUGUCGAGGAGGGUUUGGAAGAUGCGGAAAUUGAUCGAGGGAAUCCCGAGCACGCCGGAAGAUCGAUAGCCUCGCCACCGCCGGCGCGGCAGCUCCUGAUAUCGGAUAUACUUAAGUUCGAGGACAUUGAGGAGUACAUGAAAGCCGAGAGCGAUCAUCUUUGGAGAGGCACGGGAUCAUCUAGUGGGAACCGGAGCCGGGACGGGGACUUGCUUAGAUGCCCCGUGGCAACCAAGAAGUUUAGCCCCGGCGGGGGAUUCUUGUUCGGCGCUAAUGGCAAUUAAAUCCAGAAUAGUUACCUACGUCAUUUUGAUUUGAAUCCCGGCGGGCGCGCCGGAGUUUUGCGCCGAGCGGCGUCGCGUUGUGACAUACUUGAAAUUCAGUGUAGGAUUGGAAUAUACAGACAGUAUUGUGAAUUGCGAUUCUUGGAGAUUUGAUGCAGGAAAUGGAAUUUGAUUAUCUGUAGAAAACAAUAUAUAUGCUGUUGUGUUCUUGA